AUUAUUAAAUGCAGUGUACAUCAAUGAUUUGUCAUCAAUUUGUUUGUGUCUUGUUAUACAUUCUGUUUCCUCGUGUCUCCCAACCUUUAUUCACGAACCUUACUGGUUGGUGAAAUACAGCGGUCACCAUGAGCACUAUCAAAGUAACCCAUGGUCAGUCUAACAAGUAUGCCAUACAGGGCAAGAGAGCCAAAGAUGCUCUAUCAAAGGAUGAGCAAGAUUUAUAUGAACUCUGCAGUCUCUCUGGAGUGGACAUCAGCCCAGCUGUAUUUAGGAUUAUCUUUGACUUGCUGAAGAUGAAUGUUUCACCAGUAGCAAUAGUACAGAUGCUCAAGUCAAUGGUACACAGGAGCAACAAGACUUCCAGCUCCCAAUCAGCAUUUGGAUCUAUCAGUACCACAGAUGCCUCCAGGAUUAGUGGCAGCAGUGGGAUAUCCACUAAUACCUCACGAUCCAUGGAUACUGCAAGGUCACAGUCUGGUAGAACAUCAAUUAAGACAUCACGGACAAAACCAAUUAGCAAGACCUCUCAACGGACAUGAAUAGAGGAUAGUGACUAAAUUUGUACAAACUCAAAACAGCAUGUAUAGAUGUUUAGUCUUUGCAGCAAAAUCAGCCUCAGUCAACUACUGUGGUACCUGUGUGAUUAAGUUGUACACAAAUCACAGUAACAAAAUUAAAAAUGCCCUUUGAUUGUGUUUUUACAGCGUCUGAUGACACUGCCGGAGUUAGUUUUAGGUCAUAAACAAUAAGCGCCUGAUGAUGAUAGUUGAAGCUCAGGCGAGCAUCAUCUUGAGAAGUCAGUCGGCGACUGUUCUGUCUAAAUGCAAGUUUGACACGAAGAUGGCUUGAAAUGCAUACUGCGUAGUAACACACAGCAUAUCUGACUUAAUAAAAUGUAUUUAUCAAGAUUUAUUGGGGGCGUUAAUAGUCAGUUAAACUACACCAGUAUCUUAAUUCGGGGAAAACCUGAUUGGGACAAAGAAUUUAAGAGUUUGACUGUUGUUUUCUUUUCUGUCUGGUAGUAGAUGGGACACUUAAUUGCUCAGAAAUCAUUUUUAAUGAGUUUCUAUGCUGUUAUUCAUUAUUGGAAGAGGACCAAAGAUUGUACCAGGAGCUUGUGUAAUUUUUGAGGUGUUUCAUAUGCACAAAGGUUUCAUAUGCACAGAUGUUGUUUGUCAGUGUUCUUUAAAUGUAAAUUUCAAAAUAAGUAAACAAAUUCCCAAUACAGAUUGGAAAAUUUGUAUCUUUCAAUGUAUUUUGAUGCACUUUGUAUCUUUCAAUGUAUUUUGAUGCACUCGUGCAUCAUUGAUACUGAAUUUAAAUUGCUAUUAAUAACUACAAACCAAAUGUAAAUUAUAUAUAGAUGUAAAAUCAUUAGUGUAAAACUCCAUCGUCUUCCCUUUCCCAGCACUCCCCAAUAGAUUGUCUACAGUAUUGUUAAACCUACUUUACAUCUUUACAUGUAUGGCGUAAGGGAACCAGCUUUGAGGAUCUUAUUGCCGGCCCUUGUCUGCAUAUCUUCUUUCAAAAAUUGGCAUGCCAGUCUUAAAACAUGGCAAAGGGGCUACGUAAGUGACUCGUUGUUUUUCCUGGCCAAUUGCAGCAAUAAUCCAUUCAAUUUCAUCAACUUGCAUUCAAAUUCACACCUCUUCCCCUUAAUCCCCUAAUCCACGCAAACUAGGGUUUCUACUUUAGUUAGUAAUCCAUUCAAUUUCAUCAACUUGCAUUGAAAUUCACACCUCUUCCCCUUAAUCCCCUAAUCCACGCAAACUAGGGUUUCUACUUUAGUUAGUAAUGCAUUCAAUUUCAUUUUCGCAUGGACAUGAUUUCAUGUUUCUCAUUCAGAUUUGUUUCAGUCACUCUAUUUCAUUAAUAGGCAUUCAAAACUACACUAACAUGUGAAGUUGAAUUUCUACUACCUUUUGCAGUUGAUGAAAUUGAAUGGUUGAACAGCUUUUGCUGCUGACUUACAUGAAAUUGAACGAGUCUUGUGGAUUAUGAAAUUGAAUGUUCUUAUUUGACCAGUGAAUGCCAAAUUGGUGAAGCUGAAUUACUCCUUUUGACGGUUGAAUGCUGAUUCAAAAGAGCAUUUAACCCUUAAAUGAAAUGUUAAAAUUGACAGAUUUUUGUUGAAAUUGGCCGGGGAAACCUACACAACAACUUUUGUUAUUGCUAGUACCAUGUCCACGUUUUCAGAGACUUACUGAUGUAACAUUGUUACUGUGAAACUAUUUGAAAACAUUACCCCGAACAGUCCAAUCAAGGCUCACAGAUUAAAAAAUACUCAUUGCACAAGCUUGGUCAGUUUUAAAAA